GAACUAGUCAAGCGGAGAGUAGACAGCCCACGGUGACAGCAGAGAGACCCACACACACACGGCACCGUGUCCUACCUGUAUCGAGACGAGACAAACCCUGGAGUGUGUGACAUACCUGGACCCCGUCCCCAGCCGCCAACCGAAUCCCCGUCCCCCUAACACCUGGAGAAAGAGGGGAGAAGAAUCCUGAGGAUGGAGAUACAUCAUCUGAUACUUUGUGUCCUUGCCUUCACACGACUGCUGAAAAAAAGUUAUGGAGCCCACUUUUCACAACAGCCUUCGGACCAGGUGGUUGUAGCUGGAAAAUCCGUAACACUGCCCUGCGUGGUGAUAGGGUACCGUGGGGUUGUCCAGUGGACGAUGGAUGGAUUGGCAUUGGGAGCCGAGAGAGACCUACCAGGAUGGUCUCGCUAUUCUAUCGUUGGGGACCCUGCGUUAGGGGAACACAAUCUGCACAUCGAGGGAGUGGAGCUGAAUGAUGAUGCCAUUUAUGAGUGCCAAGCAACUCAAGCAGCGCUGAGGUCACAGCGAGCUCAUCUGACUGUGCUAAUUCCACCAGGAGAACCAAUGAUUCCAGGGUCUCCUGUCCUCAAUGUCCUGUUGAACGUCCCAUACAAUCUGACGUGUCUCGCUCCUGUAGCAAAACCUGCAGCAGAGAUCACGUGGUACCGUGAUGGAAAACAGCUGGACUGGGCAAUUUAUUCCAAGCAGUUGCUAUCAGAUGGCAAGAGUGAGGGUGCUGUCAGCAGUCUACAAAUCACCCCUACUCUCCAAGACAGCGGUUCCACCUACACAUGUCGGGUCAAGAAUGAUGCCCUGCCGGAGGGACGGGAAAGAUCGGUGAUGCUGAGUGUGCAAUAUCCCCCAAAAGUGACGCUCUCGGUGGACCCACCAACAGUUUCAGAAGGAGGUUCUGUCACUUUUCUUUGCACUGCUGUUUCCAACCCAGAGGUCGCCGGCUACAGAUGGGCGAAAGGUGGCGUACCGCUGCCCGUGUCAACCGACCGCUACCAUGUAACCGUGGACCAUACAUUCUUCACAGCUCCCGUCUCAUGUGAGGUCACCAACGGUGUUGGAAGCAGCAACGUGAGCACAGCAGUAAAUGUGUUGUUUGGCCCACGUCUUCUAACCGAGCCCCGUCCAAUGACAGUGGAUGUAGGUGGAGAUGCUUCGUUCUUCUGUGGUUGGACUGGGAAUCCCACCCCGACCCAGUUCUGGAGCAAGAGAGGAUCUGGAGAGGUCCUAAGUAAUGGAAACACUCUGACCUUGAAUAAAGUUACCCGAGAAGAUGCCGGAACAUACGUGUGCAAAGCCAUCGUGCCACGAAUCGGGACCACGGAGCAAGAAGUGACACUGACUGUGAGAGGGCCUCCAGUUAUCACAAGUGAUACAAACUACGAGAGCACUCUUGGAGCGAAGGCACGACUGGAGUGUACUGUCGAGACUACACCGACCCCUGACAGAAUCGUCUGGACGUGGGACAAGCAGAGUCUCGAGGAAGGAACCUGGGGUCGUUUUUCAGUGGAGACGAGGGCGACUAACAACGGUGCAGUCUCCUACCUGAUUAUUGAUGGGACCGAGCAUUCUGAUUUCCUGACCGAAUAUAACUGCAGCGCGAUUAAUCAGUUUGGGGAGGACUCUGUCAUCAUCUCCCUUAGGCAACAAGCAGUUUUGCCUCUUACUCUCCUGGCGAUCGCCUUGGGCUCGGGGACACUUUGCCUCUUUGUGCUGGUGACGAUUAUUGUGCUGUGCUGCCGUCGGCCAAGAAAAGAUGUUAAAGACACUCAAAUUCUUGCGGUGGACAUGUCCGGGAGUGAGCACAGUGAAAAACACCCCAGUGAUUCUGAAGAAGACCUCAAGGAACCACUGCACACAGACACGGAGUCUCGGGGGACAUCACAGACGGAGCACAGCGACAUACCUGAUGAACCUCAAGAUCCAACGAAUGGUUACUACAAAGUUCGCGCUCAAGAAGAUUGCCGCCCGACAACGGUUGCCUACCCAGAAUUCUCCUCUCCUCCUCGCCCGCUUUAUUCUACGCCUGCCUCUCUUGCCCCGAUGUGCCCUACCCCUUCUCUAACCGGGCCUCCCAAGCUAUAUGAAUAUGCGCACCGAUAUGCCACCACUCCGCGUCCAGCAAGUGACCGCGUCCACAUGCCCCAAGGCCCAUCUCAUAUGUUACUAGGCCCUGCUCACCAUCCAGCACCUUACGCUAGAGCUUUCUGCAGCUACGUCCGUCCCGAGCGCUACGACUCCCUGGAACAAGGCCCCACUCUCUCACGCCUCUCCUACGCCUCGCUCUCCACAACUUCCGACUAUGGACGGCCUACACAGCAACGUAUGCAGACUCACGUGUGACCUACUUUCUCAUACCGGACUGCCCAAAAUGGCUGAGGAAAUUCAAGCAUAAGGACUUUAGCUUGGAGAGAAAGAAACAAACGUGAAGCCAUCUGGUUUGUUUGUUUUUUAAACAAGUUCAAAAUGGCUGCCUUGUGUCUUCCUGUUGACAUUUUGAUACUGCACUAAACAAUCCUAUAAGGCCGGAAACAUUAAGUGUCAUGGCAAAAACUGAAAACCAGAAAUAGACAAA